UGAGUAGCACGUAGUCAGGGAGCACUGACACGGCGACUCACAGCCUGGCAGUAGCAGAGCAGCUCAAUCGCUCGCCCGCGAGAGCUGUUGCUAGAAGGUGGGGAAGAGGUGCACACGCUGCCAGGUCCGGGAAGCCAAUGCCGGGCCGCCCCCGGAUUCCCCCUUUAUGGCGGCGCCGCUCCCUCGGGAUCGCGGGGACGCGUGGCGGCACGCGCUCCCAUUGGCAGGCUCGCCCGGCCGUCCCCGCCCUCCGAUCCUGCGCUGCACUAUAUAGGGCGAAAAAGCCGCGAGCGGCAGGUAUUCGCUCUCCGAGCCCACAGCAGAAGCGCAAGUCCACGCCCCCACCACUCACUGUCGACAUGUCUGGACGCGGCAAGGGAGGAAAGGUGAAGGGGAAGUCAAAGUCCCGCUCCAGCCGUGCCGGCCUGCAGUUCCCCGUGGGCAGGAUCCACCGUCUCCUGAGGAAGGGCAACUACGCCGAGCGCGUGGGCGCCGGCGCCCCCGUGUACCUGGCGGCCGUCAUGGAGUACCUGGCCGCCGAGGUGCUCGAGCUGGCCGGCAACGCGGCCCGCGACAACAAGAAGACCCGCAUCAUCCCCCGCCACCUGCAGCUGGCCAUCCGCAACGACGAGGAGCUGAACAAGCUCCUCUCCGGCGUCACCAUUGCCCAGGGAGGUGUGCUGCCUAACAUCCAGGCGGUGCUCCUGCCCAAGAAGACCGAGAAGAAGUAAUCGCCCUCGGCCUUUCAGGGACGACAAUUCAGUACCGUUUAAUCCGGCUCCCCUUGGGAGCCACACCCUGUGCCA